GCCGUAUUUGUCAAUUGACGAACGUCAUUUCGGGAUAAACGAUUAAAUGGCCAAGUGGUGAAGAAAAGAAAUAUAGAAAAAAUAAGUGAUUGUGUUUCUGUGCUGUUUUAUGUUUUUACUGAAAAUAAAGUGAAGAACCAAUAUUAUACGAGUAUACUGUUGCAACGCUUUGUACUAAUUAAAAAAUAGAAAUGGCAUCCUUCUUUAACAAUCCAUUUUCAACGCCAAUUGGACAACGAAUAGAGCAAGCUACCGAUAGCUCUUUGGCUUCCGAGAAUUGGGCCUUGAAUAUGGAAAUAUGCGAUAUGAUUAACGAGUCUUCGGAUACGGCACGUGAUGCAAUGAAGGCUAUACGGAAGAGACUCUCGCAAAAUGCUGGCAAAGAUAAUCAAGUAAUAAUGUAUACUUUAACCGUGUUGGAGACUUGCGUGAAGAACUGUGGUAAAGCACUUCAUGUAUUGGUUGCUCAGAAAGAUUUUAUUCAGGAACUGAUCAAAUUAAUUGGACCCAAAAAUGAUCCGCCAGCUGUAAUGCAAGAAAAAGUAUUAAGCCUAAUUCAAAUUUGGGCAGAUGCUUUUAAGAAUCAACCUGAUUUGAAUGGCGUUACACAAAUGUAUAUGGAGUUGAAGAAUAAGGGAAUCGAAUUCCCUCAGACGGAUAUAGAAAACUUGGCACCAAUUUACACACCCCAGCGUAGUGUACCCGAGCCACCGCCGCAGCAUGUUCAGCAAACAAUUUCCCCACAGCAUGCCAUGCCUAUCGCUCCACAUAGCAAUGGACCCACCGUUUUAAGUGCAGAACAAACGACUAAAUUAAAAUCAGAGUUGGAAAUCGUGGCACAUAAUAUGUCUGUAUUGGGUGAAAUGCUUACCGAGCUGAAACCUGGUCAGGAGGAUCAGGACGACUAUGCUUUGUUAACAGAAUUAACAGCCACUUGCAAAGAAAUUCAGGGCCGAAUUGUGGAUUUAAUUGGACGAAUUAACGACGAUGAACUUACUGCUGAGUUACUACGCCUUAAUGAUGAACUAAAUAACUUAUUUUUACGUCAUCAACGAUAUGAAAAGAACCGAUCAAGUAGUAGUGCUACAUCGCCUUCGGCUAUACUAGGCGCUGCAAUUGGUGCUCCGCCCUCAUCUAGUGCCUCACAAGCUGGUGCAGUAUCAAAUGAUCCACGGUUAAUUGAUCUGGAUGCCAAGGUCGACAAGCUAUCGAAUUCAUUCAACUAUAUGAAUACAGGCGCAGCUAAACCCCAAAAUAAAGAUGUUGAUGAGUUCGACAUGCUGGCUCAAUCGCGGACCGACACGAAUAACAAAAGCGAUCUUUUAAAAGACAUUCCCACGGUUGAUGCGGCAGCUGGCAGUAUUAAUUUACCUUUCAAGAGAACCAAGGAAACUUCGGUCAUAAGUAAACCGGCUCGAGAAAACGAAGUUGAUGAAAUGGAGGCAUGGUUAGGCAGUUCUAAGGAAGGCGCUGAAGGCUUUGAGGAAACCUUAACUAGCACCGAGUUUGAUAAGUUCUUGGAAGAGAGAGCGGCAGCCGCAGAAAAUCUUCCCAACUUACCGGGAGCCAACACAAGUACCAGUGUCGCCAAUGCCGGUGUAGUAGACAACCAAAAAAAAUCUGUUAAAAAGCCCGAUGAUGAUGAUCUGCUAAUUCUAUGAGGAUUCACCUCAAAGAAUCGCACACAUAACAUAACCAUUUUUUAAAUGUCUACAGCUAGCAUUCGCAAAUACGAAAUUGUAUUUAUUAUCAUUUAAAAGAGCAUCAAAAUGGAUAAUUAUGUUUCCCACUUAUAUUUUAAAAAUAUGUUAUUUACUGUAUAAGUAUUGUAUUGCAGCUAAACAAACCCAGAUGUGACAUCUUUUUUUGCACCUAUAAAAUGAUGGAGUUUGUGCCUUCAGCAUAAGCAUACCUAAUUAAAAAGAAUGAAUCUUACUAUGCAUUUCAUGCGUUUAUUCGUGGUGGUAAUGUAUGUGUUGAAAAUUCUAAUUUGAAAUAUUCAGCCUUCUUUCAAAUCAUUACAUGUCAAACAUAUAUACAUACAUACAUACAUAUACAUAUAUCGACCAAAGCUCAAAGUUGAAUAUGUUUAACUGUUGUACAUACAUUUAAAUGUAUUGAAAAUUAUGUAAUUCGAAAAAGACUAAGUGUAUUAUUUCCUUACAUUACAUUGUAUGUCUUUAUUUGUUAACAUUUUCUGGUAAUUUUUUGUAUAAUUUAAGGUUUGUUAUAUAAUUCAGUAAUCUUAUAUUUAAAAUCAUAUUUUUUUGCUUUGAUGUACAUAAAUAUUUACACACGUACAUAAUAAUGGUGAUUCCAAAAUAAAUAGUAGCUGCUUUUCAGUGAACAAAAUUGUAUCAACUUAAAAUUAA